CCCGCGGCUACUGCAAAGCCACCGGAAGCAGAAGCGCGGCCCGCAUCAACUUGCUCCCCAAGAAGAAGAAAAGAGCGGAAGGACCUCAUCGCAGCGCGUCGAUGGCGAAGCGUCUGAUCCCGUCGCUGAACCGGGUGCUGGUGGAGAAGCUGGUGCAGGCCAAGAAGAGCCCCGCCGGCAUCCUCCUCCCGGAGACCACCAAGCAGCUGAACUCUGCUAAAGUCAUAGCUGUUGGUCCCGGUGAGCGUGAUAGGGAUGGCAAGCUGAUCCCUGUAUCUCUGAAGGAAGGUGAAACUGUUCUACUUCCUGAGUAUGGUGGAACAGAAGUGAAGCUUGCUGAGAAAGAGUACCUUAUUUUCAGAGAGAACGACAUACUGGGAAAGCUUGAGGAGUAACUCUGGACUGUCAGGAUGUCAAGGCUCGUAGUUGGUUUCGAACUAGAGAUGCUGGAGUGUAGCUACGACUUCUUUUUUGUGGGGGACAAAACCCUUCGAUGACAUUGCCUCAUCCUGAACUUCAUUUAAACUGAUGCAAUGGCUUCUUUAGCGCUGCAUUUUCUGAAUGGAUUUGUUAGUCCUAA